CUUAACAAACAUUGAAUGGAAAACAUGGAAUGCGAUACUGAUGAAGAUGUUUUGUUCGAGAAUUCUCCUCUCCACCAACAUCUUGUUGAAACAGGAGUAGAGAACCUGACCACCGAGAAAAUCGUAGCUAGCAACACAGAAAGAGAGAGGAAAAACAGAGGAAACGUGCUCUCACUUCAGAGAGGAGCAAUUAAAUCAAGUGCAGUAAAUAAAUGUUUCCAAUGUUUCCUAAAUCUUGCUACACUUUUAUUCGGAAUAAACAGAGUUAAGGUGGAAGUCAAUCAAAUUAAACUGUUCUACAAAAGGAGAGUGCUGGACUCCUCUGUAAAAUGUCGGGUUCUAGAAGAAGAGGACAAGAAUUUCCUGGAACAUUUCUCUGGACUGAAUCAGGUUACUGAUCCAGGGAAACAGGACCCAGCACUGGGAUCUAAAAUAAACUUGAUGUUAUGCAUUCCUCUCCUUUCAUCGUACUUCUUUGGGAGAUUGAUGUGGCCCGAUUACUCCUUCCAAUACAAACAAAUCACUGAUGCCAUGUCAAUCAUAACCUCUGUGUACUUCCUGUAUUUAAUUGGGAAGGCCCUCUACUUGGCAUGGUGUAAGUGGACUUUAGAGAGACUGGACCAGGAGGUGACCCAGCUGUUAACUUGUGGGGAGGAGUUCUUCAGAGGGACUGGAAAGUGUCUGAGACUGAUCCAGGAAUCAGAGCUGGUAGCCAGGGGCUUCACUCUAAUAAGCCAGAGAAGUCCCCUGUGUCGAUUGGAACAGAAUGGAAUGCUGGGAUACCAGAGACAGUGUCCACAACUGAGACAUCAGCUGUUUAUCAUGUGUAGAGACUGUAUGAUAGCAUCUAAGGACUGGACCAGUCAACUGGUCACUCAACACCCUUUACCGGUGGAUAGCUCCAUUAAUUUUCUGGCCCACAUUCCUUUAGAAGAGUAUGGUCCAUGUUUGCAGGUGGAGGGGGACAACUCAGUGUCCCUGGCCCGCCUGGAGGAGGUGACAGAUGGAUUCUCUAUAUCAGCCAUCAAGGGAAUUAAUCAUGUCUGUAGGAUGCAGUACUCGGAGUUCUGCAGGUGUGUCAUUCUGCGUGUACUGCAGGCUGUAGAUUCACCAAGUAUCGCUGUUCACCCAGAGACACAAGGUAUUCUGGAGAAGGUCCUGGGGUGGAUCCAAAAACUGGGGACCCUUCACAGUUAUUACAGCAGUGUGACAACUCUGUCAGAUACACAACCGCAAAAAUCUGACCUCAGUCAAAUGAAUGACCUUGACAUAGCAGUCCACAGCCUUGACCUUCAUUUACAGGCAGCCUUAUUGAGGGUCAGAAAACUGUCAGUCCUUAUAAAGCAUUCAGCCAAUCAGAAUACAGAGAUUGAACAAGACACUAUAAACAACCAAUCACAAGAGGCUCUGUGGGAUCAAAUCAAACAGGAACUACUGGCGUGCAAAGGAUGCUGGGAAGAGGGAUUAGAACGGCUCAACAAGUUGUACAAAAACCAUUCAUGUCAGGAAAGGACUGAAGAGGUUCCCCCACAGACAGAACAUACUCAAACCCCCAUCCACGUACCCCCUGUGGACCUGUUUAACACCAGUCCUCCAAUUAUAGAGGAUGAGGUGUUUGAAGCCUACAUUGAUGAGGAAGCAGAAAAUGACCCAGAUUAUAGCUGGGAUGAGUAUCUUACUCCAGAAGAAAAGGAGAGGAAGAGGCAAGAGAAACAGGAAGCCCUGCGGUUACUGACCGAGCUUAAGUCGGUGAUUUCUGUGAGGGCCCGGGAGAUGGGGAGGAGGGAGAAAAUAGCCCAGGAGAGAAAGUACGGCCACGCAACCACAGAGAAUCACAGCGAGGGGAUAGCCCAGGAAAGAAAGAAUGGCCACACGACCACAGAGAAUCACAGCGAGCAGAGGAAAGAUGUGACAACAGAAGACCAGAAAGUACAUGUAGGUCAGAAAUUAAUAGAGAGGAUUUAUGAAAAUGAGGAUAGUCAUGAAGAUACCAACUUGGAUUUAUCCUGCGUUUCUGGAAAUGAAGGUGUUCCCAUACAUGAGGAGCUUUGUCAUGAAGAAGAUUUGAGUUGUGAUGAGUGUAAAUUAGCUGUUGAACAGUUAAAAAGUGUUGAGUCUGAAAGUGAUUUAGACUGUGGACUAAACACAGACACUGAAAAUGAUAAUCAUUGUAAAGAAAGGAUUUUCACAACAGGUUCAGAAGAAUCUGUUGAUUGUUCAUUAGGAAGUUUUCCAAACUCUGUGCCAAGGAUUGGAGUCUUAACAACACAGAGUCCAAACUUUCAGUUCUCCUCCAGUCUGGCUGCCAUGGCAGUCGCUAGGUCACGUGACUUUGGGCUGACGGAGGACACGUUUGGUGACAGUGAGUCAGACUCAGAGAUCCAGGUGACUGAGGACUAGUCCAACCAGGUGACUGAGGACUAGUCCAUACAUGUUGCGUUCACUUGACUCCGACUCAAAUGCUCUGGUGACUGUUUUACAAUAAAUAAUCACAACACAGAAGUACAAGUACCAUUGGUUGUUUAAAAUCUUUACUAGUCAGUAGAACUUGAGCAUUUUGGGAAUGUGCAAUAAAUGUUGAUUUAUACAUAUAUGAUUUUUUGUGACUGUGUGCUUUGUGUUUUAUUAUGUAUAUACUUUCCACAAAAUUUUACUAAUAAAGUAAUUGUAAUUAAAAAAAAAAA